ACCCUUUGGAGAAAGACAAACGGCUGCAGGGAACACUCGGGACCUGCCUUCGGUGAACCAUGGGGCUCAGUGAUCAGGAAUGGCAGCAGGUCCUGACCAUCUGGGGAAAGGUGGAGUCCGACCUCGCUGGCCAUGGGCAUGCCAUUUUAAUAAGGCUCUUUCAGGAUCACCCUGAGACCCUGGAUCGCUUUGAAAAGUUCAAAGGCCUGAAGACCCCUGAUCAGAUGAAAGGCUCUGAAGAUCUGAAGAAACAUGGAGUUACUGUCCUUACGCAGCUGGGCAAAAUCCUGAAGCAGAAGGGUAAUCAUGAGGCAGAGCUGAAGCCCUUGGCUCAAACCCAUGCCACCAAGCACAAAAUCCCUGUCAAAUAUCUGGAGUUCAUUUCUGAAGUAAUUAUCAAGGUCAUUGCCGAAAAACACUCUGCAGACUUUGGGGCUGAUGCCCAGGCUGCGAUGAAGAAGGCCCUGGAGCUGUUCCGAAAUGAUAUGGCCAGCAAGUACAAGGAGUUCGGUUUCCAGGGUUAGCACAUACGCACGGAAGGACACCACGACGGAGGCCUGGCCAUGCAUCUUAGAGUAGCUUCCCCAGCACUGUUUUGAACAUCUCACAACUGGCUGUCCAAGAUGUAUGGGAAAGCUUUGAUGAAAGGCCAAAAGUCACUCCAGGCAGUGUAGAGGCACCUAGAGUGAUACCUGUGAUAAACCAUUGUUUCCUGGCUUCAUAUAUACAAGAGAAAUAAUCUGCUUUCUUAGGAA